GUACGAAACUACACCAGAACCCUUACAGCUGUACCGUACAUACUUAUGAUAGUCUAUUUUGAUUUACUUUUUAUUAGCCUGAAUUCAGAACCCAUCAUACAGCCUUUUUUCUGAGUCUGUAAGACUGGUGUCAUAUUUUCGCCCAUGCUCACCCACAAUAUGGUCCAUAUCUUUAUCAAUAAUUACUAACCGACUCUUUUUAUCUAAUGUUUGUCAGUACUUUCGCAAAAUUUUUUUGGAUUUUUUUUCAUCGUAUCAUGUCUGAGAGAGAAGAGCUAGUUUUUGGUGCAAAGUUGGCGGAGAAAGCCGAACGAUAUGAUGAAAUGGUGGAGUACAUGGACAAGGUGUCCAAAUUGGGAGAAGAGUUGAGUGUAGAAGAGCGCAACUUGCUCUCAGUUGCAUACAAAAAUGUAAUAGGUGCAAGGCGUGCUUCGUGGAGAAUACUGAGUAGCAUAGAAGCCAGGGACGAUGAUAAGAAGAAUGAAGUAUUACUGAAAGCAUACAAGGGUCAAGUCGAAGACGAGCUGAAACAACUUUGUACAAAUAUAAUCACUCUUCUUGUUGAGCAUCUCAUCAGCAAAGUUGAUGCAGAAAAUGCAGAAGCAAAAGUAUUUUACUACAAAAUGAAAGGUGAUUAUAAUCGUUACCUCGCUGAAUUCCAGGUUGGCAAAGACCGGAAAGAUGCUGCGGAAGCAGGUUUAAUUGCUUAUAAGGAAGCAAACGAAGCUGGUAGCUGCCUUUCGGCAACUCAUCCAGUCAAAUUAGGACUUGCUCUCAACUUCUCUGUGUUUUACUACGAAAUCCUCAAUUCUCCUGAGAGGGCUUGCACGUUAGCUAAAACUGCGUUCGAUGAGGCUAUUAAAGAAUUAGAUACAUUGAGUGAGGAGUCAUAUAAGGAUUCAACUCUAAUAUUGCAGUUGCUUCGUGAUAACCUAACAUUGUGGACAUCAGAGACGCAGGAAGACAAUGAUGAGUGAAAUGCUAUGAUAUCCACUGUAUGAAGUGGGACCAUGUAUCAUUUACAAAAACUCCUCACCCUAAAUGAUGCAAGAUAUUGUGAAUUGAUUGCUGUUUUGAGAUAAUAAUAUUUGUAUUAGGUUAUGUUAUUGUACUCAUUAUUGAAGAUGUGAACUAUUACUAUAGAAAAACUUGUGUACUCUAUUUCUGUAAAUAUAGCAGGAUUUUCAACGUUUUAUGGUGUGAAGUAUUUAUUUGAGAAUAAUAAUACAAGAAUAAUAACUUGAGAAAAAGCUUUCAUAAUAAAAGUUGAUAUUUGAAUUUUAAAUUUCUCAUGAAUCUCGAUAGUCCACAAAUUAUAUUACAAAUAGCACUAUUUUCAUUUCCUGUGGUUAUUGAUUUAUCAAACACAAAAAUUAGGUAAUUGAUAAUUAUUUUAUACAUGUCAUCGAGAACAUUUAUUAUUAGAAAAAUAUGACUUGGGUAGUUUUGUCAUUGAUAUCACUCUCGCAAAGUGUAGAUUGAAGCUAAUAAUCACAAACUCAGUGUUUUGUUGGGAAUGUUUCAUUGCAAAAUAUAUAUUGUGUUCAAUUAUGUUUAGACUAGCGUUCGUGUGGUGCAUUAAUUCUAAUUGUCUAUUAAAAGAGUUUCAUAUUGUGAUAUCUUGCGGUUGUAAAUUUCAAAUAAUAUAAUUUUUAUUUAAAUUUUGAAUGAAAAUAUUUUAAAUUGAACAGUAACGAAGCUGAUUCUGUGAAUAUUCACAAACAGACUUUUUAAAUUUCUUAGUUGGUUAAUUCAUUCUACAGUAUAAAACUAAAACUAUACUCUCGACAAAAACAGUAGUCCCGAAACUAAAUACCUUUAUCUUAUUAAUUAGAUAUUAGCCCCUUGGAUUUUCACAGCAUGACAACCAGCUUUGGCUCUUUGCGGCUUCCCUUCCCCGGUAAAAUUGUGUGAUCUUUUUUCUUCGUAUUCUGUGUAAAAUUUUUUUAACCGGCUUUGAAACCCCUGUUUUCUACCAUACAAAAUGUACUAUUUUAUAGAAAUUGUGCAUUUAAUUUGGAUACAUUGUCGAAUAAGAAUACUUUCUUAACAUUCUUUUACAUUUGAUUUGUCAAAAACUGACCAUCACAAAACUGUGUAGCGCUUGUUUGGAAUCUACAUAUCACUCUAUAUUAGAAGGUUAUUUUCUUGAAAUUUGCAGCUUUAAUACGGGUUUAAAUUAUAAUAUUCAAUUUCUUUCAAUUGUUUUUGAUUUUCCAAUUUUGAUUUAAGAAUUCAAAGUGUUUGGUGCCACCACAUGCUGAUUGGGAAUUUCAGACUGUUUCAAAUAUUUUGCAUUAUUCCUGAAAAAAAUAUUUAUAUUUACACUUUUCAUCUUGCUGUUUCACAUUAAUGAACAUUUAUAGUAUUUUGUGUGUAA